AUGGAUCCAGAAAGCUACAUACCGGCCAAUCCCACGGAAGGCAUAAUGAACGAUAAAGAGAUAGACCCCAACAGCCCUUACAUCACAACAGCCCCCACAGCUCCCACAACGCCCCGCACUUCCCAAACCUUCCCCUCCACCCCACCAGAGUACCCAAUCCACCAACCUCCCCUAACAACCACCACUUUCUUCUCCCAAAAUGCUCCAAAGAUAAUAACCCCUUACACAAUCUCCCAAGCCAAAAAUCUCACCCUCCUAACUUCAAUCCACGCCUUUUUCCUCCUCUGGUGGACCUUCUCAAUCUUCAUCGGAAUCUAUUCCACACCAACAAAGGAUGACUACGACCCAAAUGAACACGGAAUAACCCCAGCUUUUGCCUCCCAACUUCUAAGAUUCAGAAUAUCAUUAAUAGGAAUUGUACCCGCGGCUUUAAUCUCUUUAUUCAAACUCACGGUACUACCGAGAUUAUUCAACAACCAAAGGGUAUCAGAAGAAUACAAACGGUUAACAGUAGAUAUCAACCAUAACACUGAAGAAGAUGAGAUCUAUGGAUCAAAUACUCAGGGGUAUGACGAAUACCUAAAAUAUGGAAAACCACAUCUUCUUGUGGGACAAUGGUGGGAAAAGUAUAUUGAAUGGGAAAGAUUGAUGAAUCUUUGUCUCCAUGUUUUUGGAAUGGUAGUUACGAUUUGGUUGGCUGUGGGGAAGUUUAGAGGGUAUAUUAGACCUAGAGGUCCCUUCGACGACGCUAUCUGUGCGUUCUCGGACCCGAGGGCUUAUGCUGGAGAUGAACAGCAGCUUGAUGUAGUUGUUUAA